AUGGCUUUACUUGUGCCCCCCGAGGUAAUUGCCUCGCUUAACUCAAGGCUCAUUUGGGUCUUGGUUUUCAUCGCUGCUGUUGUUAGCCGGAUCAUCAGCAGACGGUAUUGGACACUGAUAAGGGAUAUUUCGGGUCCAUUCUGGAGAUCUUUCCCCAGUCUCUGGGUGGUAUCCCAGCUUUGGAAAGGUCACCUUGAGGCUGAGCAGACGAGGCUGCAUAGGAAACAUGGAUAUUGUGUUCGCAUCAGAGACAAUGAAGUUAGUGUCUCCCAUCCAGACGCAGUCAGACAGCUGCUGCAUGCGAACAUUGCCAAGUUCAACUAUAUCCAGGGCACAUGGUAUGCAAUCUUUAGUCUUCCAGACUACCACUAUGUGAACCAAAUGUCUGAAAUGGUUCCUCGACGACACAUCGAAGAAGCCCCUUACGACGUUGACACAGUCUUGGCGUUGUUUACCAAGGCCAUAGACAAGUACUCUCAAGCCGGCAAGCCAUUCGAAUUCAGCACUUGGUUUACCUUUUUUGCAUUUGAUGUUCUCGGUGAAGUGACUUUCUCAAACUCCUUUGGGUUUGUCGGGACAGGCAUAAACAUCGGGAAUGCCAUUGCGAAUACCCGAUCCCUCGCUCUAUACGUUGCUGUCAUGGACCACUAUACAUGGUUCCAUAAUCUAACCCUCGGAAAUCCACUACUCAGUCGCCUGGGAAUCCAGCCUUCUUCGCACAUAUUUGGUACUUGCCUUGCUGCUAUUAGCGCGAGAAAGGAGAACCCUGAAGUCCGAAAGGAUAUGAUGCAGCAAUGGCUUGAUACGCGUGCCAAGUACCCAGGUCGCAUGGCAGAGAACGAGAUAUUUGCGGCUGCUGUUGCGAAUGUCGGUGCUGACGUGGACACUGUCAUCGCAGCUUUGCAGUCUCGUUUCUACUAUCUCCUACGCUACCCUCAAUAUCUGCAACAACUACGUGCGGAGCUUGACACAGCUCAGGCUCAGGAGGAACUUACGCAGAUCGUCCAGGAUAAUGAGGCACAAAAGCUCCCAUUCCUUCAGGCCUGUAUAAAAGAGAUCUACUGGUUUCAAAAUUCGGUGCCCAGUCCUCUCCCGCGUGUCGUACCCAAGGGUGGAAUGACAAUUGGAGGCAGAUAUUUCCCCGAAGGUGUCAUUUUUAGUAUCAAUCCUUGGGUAUACCAUCGAAACCCGGCGUUAUUCGGUGGAGACUGCGACCAAUUUAACCCAGACCGCUGGCUAUUGGGCGACACAAAAACCAUGGAAUCUUUCCUUAUUCACUGGGGAGCUGGAUACAACCAAUGCCCCGAGCUUAACCUUGCUCACUUUAAGAUCACUAAGAUUACAGCUACACUGAUUCGCGACUUCGAAUUCAAACUGACAGACCCUAAAAAAGAGUGGGAGUGGACCAACCACUUUACCUUCGUUCCCUGGGGAUCGCCUUGCAAUGUUCGGCGUUCAUUCUAA